AUGAUAUUUGAAAACAAAACUGCAUGGUUUUCUGAAAGCUGCCCAGACAAUGUUAAAAAACUCUGGGUCGAUAAUGGAGGCAAGCUUGAAGAUGUCACUCUUUCCCAGUAUGUGUUCAGUGAUGACUGGCAGCAUGAGGACACAAACAUACUUUACAACAGCGAAGCUUAUCUGAAACAGCACUUGGCUAUAUUUAGCUCUCAGUACAUCCCUGAUGCUCUUCAUCAAGGUAUUGACAACGUCUCCUUGGGAAAAUAUUUUCUCAUUCCAGGUCCUAUUAAAGAUUGUAUUAACUUCAGGAGCUUACAGACAAGUUUAGUUGCACAGAAUAACAAUGUUGCUGGCGUAUCACCAAAACAUGCACAACAGAUUCCAUCUUCAAGUAAUCAGCAGAUUAACAAGCAAAGGAAAGAUGGCGACAGUUCAUCUUCAUCCACUGUUUCAUCAAGUGCAGGAAUGUCCUCAGCUGUAACUGUUCAAAUACCUCAGCAAGCUGUGAGCAGUGAUACAAUAAAGGUUGUAACCAGUCACACAACAGCUAGAAAAGUGGCAAAUGCAGAAACAAAUUCUCAUUCACUGUACAAAAAUAGAUGCAGUGACAUCAGCCAGAUUAAUUUAGAGUCGAUUCCUCAUGUACAGAGUCUGCCGAAAGUUAUUAGUUGUUUACAGACUAUUCAUCCAGGUAGAGAUGGUGUUAAAGUGGUGAAUAAAACAUAA